AUGCACAUUUUGCUCAUAACAAGUGUGCUGCUCGUUCUUUUGGUUUAUGCUCAACAGACGCCUCCGUCGACGAGUAUCGCACUCAAUCACCCUCAAAUUCCUUAUAAUUGGCUGUGAGUUUGAGCAUUCUUCAAAUUUAGGCCUAAUGCUCCAAUCUCAUGUGGAAUGUUCCAGAACUUUGGCAUUUGUGGGCUCAAACGAUUACCAGCCACGGCCACACUAUCAUUCUUCCGACAAAGAGCACUUCAAAGAGUUGUGUCGUCGGCUCGACGGACUAAAUCCCACUCAACAGGCGCUUUGCGCCGAGGUACACACUUUUAUCGAUAAACUAUCGAUGGGUAACCAUUUCAGAACCCAUUUUCGAUUCCAUUCGUGGCUCGCGGAGUUCGGGAGGCAAUCCGAGAGUGCGAAAGCAAAUUCAAAUUUGAGCGGUACGGUUUUUUCAACAGUUUUGGGUCUCGACACGAAAAACUCUUCUCUUUUCUUUGUUGCAGAUGGAAUUGCUCUUCACGAGACGAAGUGACCGAAACGAGACACGGAAAGUUUCAGGACAUUUUGGGAAAGACUUUGAGAUCUUGUAAGUUAGUUAUGAAACAGAGUGUUUUGGUUACGGUAUCUACCGUAAUCCGCGCCAAACUUUCACAGUUUUACCAUGUGAGUCUGGUCUCAAUCCUACCAAAAGUACUGUACUAUCUACAGUAGUUCUACAGUACUUUUGUGGUGAGGGGCCAAAAUGCAAUACCUCGAUUCGUUUCAGCCAACAAAGAAGCGGCGUUUUUGAAUGCGAUAAUGUCGGCGAGCAUUGUGCACUCAAUCACAAAAGGCUGUAAUACUGGCAAUUUGACCGAUUGUGGAUGCGACAGCAAACCGGGAAUGCAGAGAUAUCAGGCCGAAUCGGUGAGACACUUUUUUUCGGGGAUUCUGACGAAACAGUCGAACUGUCACCAUUAAAGGACCAGGAAACCCAAAAAUGUUUUGAUUUUUUUGUGAAAUUUUUUUGUGACUGUUUGAAUUGUCUCUUAUUGCCUCAUACACUGGUGAAAUGCUGCCUCUCAAAAAUGCCAAUGAACGAAACGGCAUGCAGUUGAAGUUGUGGCCGUGGCCUAGCGCCAAUGGCCUAAAAAUAUGCGCUUCUCGGCCAUUUUAUUUUUUCCGCUUUUUUACCGGUUUUUUGUCCAAAAAUUCACGGUUUCUCCCAUUUUUCAGUUGAUUGACAUUUGUUCGGCACUUACUUAUUUUUUCACGGCUAAAAAAUACAAUUCAAACAGUCACAAAAAAAUUUCACAAAAAAAAAAUUGUUGGGUUCCCUGGUCCUUUAAAUUCAGCGCCCAAAAUAAGAGCCGCAUGCGCAAAAAGUAGUAAGACUUUGCUUUGUCCAUGAUUUCGCGCAUAUCUCCUCAAGCGGUAGAGAUAUCGAAAAGUUGUCUACUACAAAAAUGAAAACACAUUUCUAAGCAAUAAAACGUCAGUUGAACGCUUUUUGAUAUCUCUACCCAUUUGCGAGAUAUUGUCGUGUUUAUGUCAAAUGCUCAAAACAGUGUGUAUGAUUUGCAGGAGUCCGCGAUGAGCCGUGAUCAAUUCUCGUGGGGCGGGUGUUCGGAUAACGUUCCCUAUGGGAUCAGGUACGCGAGACGCUUCCUCGACGACUGGGAACAGCAGCAGUUCGAGGAGACCAAAAACGUGGCACAUCUCGUCCGGAGACACAAUAACUUUGUGGGAAGAGAGGUAAUUGUUGUUAAGAGCCUUGCAGUGAAAAAUUGCGACGAAAAUCGUGCAUUUCUUGGUCAAAUGACACUCUAGACUUUAAUAACUAUCCGUCUUAGUUUAAAUCACUGAAUGACAUGAUACAGUGCAACUCUUGGAAAUAGGAAAAAGCAGAACAUGCUAGGUUUGAAGUCAAACGAACUGACUGCUUCGUUAGCUCAUUAAUGGAAUGAGUAGCCCUAAAAACCCGAUUACAAACUGCUUGAAGUUGCGUUUUUCCAAGAGAAUUCACACUGAUUUCCUUCAAUUUUCACUCGUUUACAAAUAGGAACAAAAUAACUCUUCAAUGUAAGUACUGAGAGCGGUACAAUUGACAGCCGGUGUACUAACACGGGUGGCUGCAAACUCCUAAAAAGUGAGAAGACAGGAUCAUAGACACACGAGUCCUAAAUAGAAAAUAGUUCUAGCCGAGUACGGUGCUGAUUGAUGAGAUGCCUCAUUCCACCGGGAAAAAGCUGGAAUUUAAAAUUUGCAGGCGAUCGCGCAGAACAUCCGUCGUCAGUGUCGUUGCCACGGAGUCUCGGGAUCCUGCGAGUUCAAGACGUGCUGGCUGCAAAUGCAAAAAUUCUCGCAAGUGUCGGAUUUGCUCAAAAAGCGAUACGAUCACUUCGCAGUUCAGGUUGAGCUCGAAGAUGUAAUCCGACUUUUAGGCCUUUUUCCAUCCGUUUUUAGCCGCUAACUCUUAGGAUUUUAACGAUUUUGUUCAUGGUUGCGAGUGGAAGAAUGAAUUGGGCAUGUUUUUCCCAAAAAAAAAAAAACUCCCAAUUUGCUCUUCCCGCUUUCCACAUGUAGUUUACAAAUUACGCAAACGUUUUAGGUGACCCGAAAAGCGAACAAACGAUUGCGUCGAAAAGAGAGAACGGAGCGGAAAAUUCCGUUGAGAGGCAACGAGAUGGCCUACGUUCACCGCUCGCCCUCCUAUUGUGAGAGGAAUAUGACUGCCGGUAAUUUUUUGGCGCAUCUACAAUAUUUUGUAUUGAAAUUUCAAGACAAUUUCCGUGAUUUUAAGCCAAAACGGGCGUCUGUAGGAUUUUUUUGAACAAAGUUAUGAUUUUUCAAAAAAAAAAAAAACCGUUUUGCAGGAAUUCUCGGCACCGCCGGUCGUGAAUGUAUCCAUAAUUCGUACAGCUCCGAGAGCUGCGACCUUUUGUGUUGUGGAAGAGGGUACAACACGAGAUUGGAGGUAAUUUCCUUGAAUAUAUUCCAGUUUUUAAAUGCUGUGAGACGCUGAAAUUCCAGUCCGAAGUUUGACCAUUUUUAGCCCAUAGAUUUCUGAUUUGAGUGGCGCGGCAACGUCACUCAAAUCAGAACUACAAAGCCAACUCGAAUUCGAAUUUCUGUAGAGAAUAAUCAUUUCUUGGCGAGCACAAGAAUGCCUUUAAUUUUGUAGUUGACUAUUUUCUGAUAUCUCUUCUGGUUGAGGAGUUUUAAUAAUGGCGCCACGAUCUAGUAAACUCUCGAUAAGUUCGGCAGCAAAAAAAUAUAAUAUUCUGUUAUUGUAGAUCCGUCAAACGCAGUGCGAAUGCAAAUUUGUGUGGUGCUGUGAGGUCAAAUGCAAAACGUGCACUGAGGAAGUCGCUGUGCACACGUGCAAAUGA